GCAUUUUUCCUUUUAUUCGCGUUGUUAUUUUGCGCUUUUUUUGCUUAACUAGUAUUUGACAAAAUGACUACAAUUAAUUCCAUAGAAAACCGGGGACGAUUUUCGACUGAUCUUCCACAGUCCAAUGCUUUGUUAUCAGAGGUUUUCGUUUUUAUAACCGGCGGCUUUCAUUUGGCCGUAAGUGUGGGCUGGAGCUUUAUCGCAUUUAAUUUACACUUCCAAGUAUGCUGGUUUAUUGGGAUAGCAAUAGGUUGUGUGCUCGCACCACUGCUUGCCCUUUGGAAAUAUAAACGACUGAUUAUCUUCUCUCCGAUAUUAAUGGUCAAUGUUUCAGCCAUAGUCAGCAUAACUGCUUCCAGUAAUACCACAGCACUGAUCGCUGCGCGCUACUUGAAUGGCAUUGCCAUCGGCCUGAUUACAGUCUCAUUCAUUGCAGAUGGCAGUGAAAUUGCAUCAGAGUAUCACCGGAGCUUUUGUUUGGCAUUGGAACAACUUGCUCUAGCAAUCGGCGCUUUUAUACAAAUUAUAUACACCGCAACUUGGCGUGAAGACACAGACUUCAAUCCCUACUGCCUGCAAGGCAUAUUUUGCAUAGUUUUCGGUAUUAUUGCAACGGCUUUGACAUUUACUUCGAUCGAUUCGCCAGUUCUCCAGUUGCGAAGAGGUGAUGAACCUGAAGCUUUAAAUUGCGUAAUACGCCUAUAUCGGCCAACUAUAAUGAACAACAGCAAGCAAGCCAUCUUUAACAAACUCAAAGAAUAUGUGGCUAUGAAUGAAUCGAUGUCGCCGGGAAUGAGCUUCUUGGGGAGUUUGAGCCCGCUGAUAAGGCUUUUGGUGUACCGAACUAUGCUUUCAUUUAUCGUAGCACUGCCAAUUACCAAAGCUCUAAAUUGGUCUGCGGAUAUCAGCGUUGGAGGUUUAAAUGUCAAUUGGCCACCUAUUCUCUAUGGAUUUCUAACGCUAUUGGGUGUAGUUGUGGGUACCGUAACAAAUUAUGCCAUUGGUCGUAAGGCGGUGAGUCUUAUUUCGUUAUUAUGUGUCGCUGGCUUGACCAUCGGUGUUGGUGUUAUCUUUCAUGAUUCAACAUGGCUGAUUGAUUCCACGCAAAUGGCGAUUGCCUGCACGCUUCUAAUGAUUGCACAAAUUUUUGGUGGAAUAUUUGCGCCCAGUACUACAAUUUAUCUUGGUGAGGCAUUUCCGUUGCAAUGGAAACGCUGUUUCAUCGCUUUUACUGUCUUUGUUCAAUAUAUGGUGGAUCUGAUCAUAGUAUGCACAUUCACUUUUGAUGGAUACAAUGAAUAUAUCUUCUGCAUCUCUGCUGGCGUAAUAAUGUUUGCUGGCGUAGUCUUCCUCUCAAUCACAAUACCAGAAACACGAAAGGCUACGCUGAGAGAAGCACAAGAAAAAUUCUCAUAUGCACUACACUUGGAAUUUUAUUGAGAUAAAUUUAAUCAAACGGAAAGCGGAGGCAGUAAUGUACAUUUCUGUAUCGAGUUCAAAACUUAUGCCGAAUAUUCACUAGGAAUUGAAAUGACAAAAACUUAGUUCCUUUAAAAAACCAAUUGAUGAAAAUUACU